AUGGUGGAGAUCAUGCAACGUGACAUGGACCAGGAGAUGGAGCCAGCCGAUGAGGACGCUGCAGCGGAGGGGGAGUCCAAGAAGAGAAAACGGGAAGAGGUGGAAGAUGCGCCGAUGCCAGAGGCCGUGGUGGAUGAGGUGGAGGAGCUAGCAGAAGUGGGCGAGACCUCGACUGCUGCUACUGCCUGA